AGUGACAGUGACAGCCAUGACGCGCGUCAGUGCUGCCCUCCUGCUCCUGGGGAUACUGACCCCGGCGAGCGCACAGAACGGGAUCAGCUCGUUUAUAUCAGAUCUGUUCGAGUCGCUGGACACGCAAGUGGAGACGCGCAGCUGUCCGGGCGUGUGUAUGCACACUCUGACUGCCCUAAUCUGCUCUAACGUGCGUGAUGAUGCAGACUGCCCCAGCGGCAUGAAGUGCUGCAUGGAUGAACCUUUAGAAAAUGACACAGCGAUAACAACUCGGCGUCCGUUCACGACGCGCUACACGACCACGGAAUCGGAAGAAGACGAGACAACCACACUGACGCCUGACAGACACAAAGACAGUGGUAAUAUAGCAUGUCCGGACGUGUGUGUUGUGGUGCAACUGGCACAGUACUGUCAGGCCUACCUCAGUUCGCCGGGACUGUGCGCCAGCGGCCGCGUCUGCUGUGUCGCCAGGGACUUCUACGGCGACAGCCCGCCUGAUGACCUCGUCGUGCCCAACGAGAAGCACCAGCACCAACAUCAUCAUACUAAGAAGCCGAGUACUGCGCUUACAACUACUCCCCCGCCUAAGAAGAAGACAGCAGUGAGCCACAAGGAGCGAGAAUGCCGUGGAGAAUGUAUCAGCGGACUGUUCGUACUGCUAUGCGACCACGUGGACGAGCAGGCGAGCUGUGCAGACGGUGGCACCUGCUGCAUCACAGACAGCAAGGAUACCACCACGCGUAGACCUGCCACCACACCGAGACCCACCACACCACCGCCGCUGCCGCGCUGCCCCAGCUUCUGCCUGCCGACUGUGAUGGCGGCCUUCUGCAAGUAUCCUUCAGAAAUCAACGCGCACACAAACUGCCGGCUCGCAAACAUGUUCUGCUGCGACAAUACUAGAGCGGCGAAGACCCCCCGGCCGACGACCCCGCGGCCCACUACAACAACGCCGCCUCCCGCGCCCCCCGCACCCGCGGACCCCCGCCCCGAUUGCCCCGGCUCCUGUGUCGUGCCCCUGCUCUCCUUCACUUGUUUCCACAACGCGGAAAUAACCGACGUAUUCAAAUGCAAGAAGUCUGGCACUCAGUGUUGCGCGCCCAAGUCAAAGAUCAUCGAAGUGGUGGGCACUCCCGAGCGGAACGACUCCUACCCGCUCACAACCACCACGGCUGGGUACAAGCACCACGCUCUCACCACCAACGAGAUCGUGCCCCAUGUGCCUCACGUGCCCCAAGUGUCCCACGUGCCCCAGCACACCACGCCUAUCGAUCGCAUUGCAUAUCCCUACGAGCCAAGCUAUGGAACAACGAUGAUGCAUACCGCAGAGAAAUACAACAAAUAUGUAUGCGGAGUUAAAGGUACAUCUUCCCGUGCGGGCCGCGUGAUGGGCGGCGAGGACGGUCUACCGGGCGAGUGGUGCUGGCAGGUGGCGCUCAUCAACAACAACAAUCAAUACGUGUGUGGCGCCGCGCUUGUGGGCACUCAGUGGGUGCUUACCGCCGCGCAUUGCGUCACCAACAUUGUGCGCUCUGGUGACGAUUACUUCGUGCGCGUUGGGGACAACGAUCUGACGCGCAAGUACGGCUCGCCCAGCGCCCAGACUCUGCUCGUGGCUACCACAUACAUACACCAUAACCACAACAGCCAGACCCUUGAUAACGACAUCGCGCUACUCAAGCUCAAGACGAAGGCAGAGCUUAAAGACGGCGUGUGCCUGGUUUGCCUGCCCGCGCGGGACGAAGAGCACCCCGCCGGUAAGCGCUGCACUGUCACCGGCUACGGAUAUAUGGGAGAGACGGGUCCGAUUCCCCUCCGUAUCCGUGAGGCUGAGCUGCCCAUAGUGAAUGACUCUGAGUGCGUGCGCAAAGUGAACGCAGUCACCGAAAAGGUGUUCAUCCUGCCCUCCUCCUCCUUCUGUGCGGGCGGAGAGGAGGGCAACGACGCCUGCCAGGGUGACGGCGGCGGUCCUCUGGUGUGCCAGGACGAUGGAUUUUACGAGCUGGUGGGUCUGGUCUCGUGGGGCUUCGGCUGCGGCCGGCAAGACGUACCCGGCGUUUACGUCAAGGUCUCCUCCUUCAUCGGUUGGAUCAACCAGAUCAUAUCCGUCAACAAUCCAUAGAUAUCCAUCAUCGGUAAUUACACUGGAAGACUAUCCAAAUGACAUCUAUGGUCUUCUACAGAUGAUGUCCAUAGACAAUAUAUUUUUUUACUUUAUAACCUAAAAAUUAACAGUGUUUUUAACAUUCAUACGCCUUAAACAGCAUUUGUUUUUAAUUAAAUAAAUACUGUUUUUGGUAAGACAAGCACAACGCUCUAUUUUAAA